ACAUUCAAUUUUAUUCACAGGAUUGUUAUACAGAUUUACGAGCCUGUGAUUAAACUGGAGAUAUGGCUUUAGUUAGUUGGUUCUUAAUCUUGUGUUUGUUGUUGAGUGUUAUAUGCUGUUGUGUUGAAGGUGAUGUGUGCAGAAACAAAUCAACGGCUUUUGGUUUUCGUUGCACGUGUAAGACGCUCAAAGUACCUUGCAAAUGUCAAUGUAGAUUGCCCCAUGAAAACACACCAUAUAAAAAGCAACAGCGAAAUGUUGUCUGUGACGCUGUUUAUGACUGCUAUGAUCACUUUGACAGAUGUGGAUGUACAUUCAACCAACCUAGAACACGGACCCAAAACUACACAGUUUCGUGUUGCUUUAAUAGAAGCUACCCGAAUUGCACAAAACCGUCACAGAAAGAGCAUACAUUUGCAUCUGCCAAUGACUUAAUUGGCAACGUUUACCUACGUAUACUGUUUUGGCUCGUUGGCGCAUUUGCUUUUCUCGGAAAUUCAUUCGUCUUUCUGAGAACUCUGGCCAAAUAUACCCGGACAGGUAAUCAAAGUGUAAAGCAAGGUUUUCGCUGGUUGAUUCUAAACCUGUCACUGUCUGAUUGCCUUAUGGGCGUUUAUUUGAUUGCAAUUUCCAUUCAAGGAGUUGUAUAUCAGGGCGGGUAUUUAUCCGCUUACGAUCUAAUCUGGCGCUCGGGAAAAACUUGUCAAUUGUUUGGGGUGUUGGCUCUGACGUCAUCAGAAGCGUCAGCAUUUAUAAUGGUGACAAUGACGUCAUUUCGUCUCGCUGCUGUCUGCUUCCCAUUUAAAAUGGAAAACGCGCGGCAAAUCUGGUACAGGAUAUCGACAACUAUUGCGUGGUUGUUCGCCAUACUUGUAGGAACUUCUCCAGCUUGGUAUAAUACGUCCGGCUACUUUGUAACUGGCCUUCUUUUCACCAAAUUACACCGCAACAACAGUAUCACCUACUCAAUGAAAAAAACUGACUUUAUAAAAUUGCAUACAGCUGUUCAAAUGAUACUGAUGACCAAACAUGGCAGGGAGCAAAGCGGAGUUUUGAACAGACCUUCAGGAACACCAAAAUCACUGGAGAGUUUGGUUACUUUGGUAGCACCAGUGUAUGCAUGCCGAACAUAUUCUCCACAUUAGAGGACGAGGCGUGGGAGUUUUCAAUGUUUCUAAUUAUAUUAAACUUCCUUUUGUUUAUCUACAUGGCGAUAUGCUACCUGGUUAUUUACAAAAUAAACUCGAACCCACAUAGACGGCAAGAAGGAAGGAAACUCAAGAAAAGAAUCUCAAUACUGGUUGCAACUGACUUUUGCUGUUGGGUCCCAGUUUGCGUAAUGGCUUGCGUAAGCUUUAAUGGGACCCGUCUUGAUCCAACAGCCUACAUUGUUAGUGCCGGCUUCUUGUUGCCGAUAAAUAGCGCUUUAAACCCAAUCAUUUAUUCUAAAGUGUUGGGAAGAAGCAUCAACAGUGCGGCGAGGUGGUUCAGUAAUAAAUGCUCAAGACUUCCCAAAUCAAUCCCCGAAAAAAUCUCGUCCAAACUUAACCUUACGUCAGACCAAGAGAUGGCGCGAGGUUCGUUACGUGAAACCGAAUCGUCACUUUAAUGAAAUUAUUGUAUAUUCGGUUACUGGUUUUCCCAUGUAUAUAACCCAUAAGCAACGCACAUUCUAUGCUCACUGUCACAAAAUUAUCUUUUCUGUUAUUUAUAAGCUCUUGCUCAAUCUAUCCUUAUAAUAGACAAAGUUCUGUAUUUUAUAAUUGCAUUUUUUUAAUUGACAAAGUUCUGUAUUUUAUAAUUGCAUUUUUUUAAUUGACAAAAUUCUGUAUUUUAUAAUUGCAUUUUUUUAAUUGACAAAAUUCUGUAUUUUAUAAUUGCAUUCUUUUAAUUGACCAAGUUCUGUAUUUUAUAAUUGAAAUUCCACAUAAGACAUUUUCUGUAGACAGUAACCUUUCUAACCAUCCGGUUGCCAAAGCGAUUAUCACGAUUGUCACAUAACCCCAACAACCCCGCACCUCAUAUAGCAUAUUGUGGGGUAAGAUGGUAACCAUUAGCACAUAUUAUCCCAUGUUUUCUCGUGUUUUUAACAUAUGACGUCACUCUAUAAUUAUGUGGUUUAGUACUAAACGGGACAAGAAAGGAAAAUAAAAACGUCCCAUCUUACCCCACCGUACUAUACGUCAUCGGGAUAAACAAACUCUUCGUCCGUGAAUCGAUAAACAAUUAGUAGAACAACUAUUCCAAUGUUGAUUAUGACGUAAACA